AUGGCCUUGCUGCAGUUCGGUACCACUUUAGUUUUCGGCGUACCCCCGUUAUGGAACAAUGAAAAUCAACCUGACCCGCGAUUGAGAAAGAUGCAGGCCAUCUUGGUCGGCGUCCUUGGCACCAUCCCCACCCUAACCCUCGCCUACCUCACCGCCCCCUUCGUCCACCAAAUCUUCCUCCAAAUCCCUGAACACGCUCGGCGUUCCCGCCAUGACCUCAUUCGCUUCGCCAGCACCUUGCGUAAGAACCCCCUUGCAACUGCAAACACCAAACUCGAGUUCGUCACUCUCCGCAUCUUCCCCUUCCGCAAACACACCACCGCUUUCCUACAUGAACUACGUGCCCUGCCACAGCGCCGAUUCCGCCUUGCAAAUAUUGAGUUGCCCAAGACGGAGGCAUGGGCGCAGAGGCAAAGGGAGAAGGGUAUCAUGAAGAGGGUGCUGGACGUAAUCAACGAGCCUCGGUUCAAGUUUUAUGUCAAAGAGGGUAGGUUGUAUACGAUGAAGAGCAAAGUUCCCGGCGUAUGGGAGGAGGUUGCGGAGAGGAUUCGGGACCAGACGGUCGCCGAAAGGGAGGAGCAAGAAAGAAAAAGCAGGGAUGGCGCGGUUGUUGUGGCGAGGAAACCUGUUGUACUUGCGAAGAGAGUGAGUACGCCUGUUCUCAAGGUUAAUGAGAGAAUCAAGAGACAGACUACGCGAGGCUUGCGCAAGUAG